AUGGGUGUGAGAAAGCAGAUCCGAAAGGACGGUGAUGGUCGGACAUUUCCGAAGAAGGGAGACAAGUUAAAGAUGCACUACGUUGGAACUUUUGCCAACACGGGCGAGGUAUUCGACUCCUCUCGCGGCAAAGAGCCCAUCGAAUUCACGGUGGGCGUUGGACAGGUGAUUAGAGGAUGGGAUGAGGGUGUCAUGCAGAUGUCGAAGGGUGAGCAUGCCAUCUUGGAGAUUACGUCGGACUUUGCGUACGGCCGAGCCGGAGUCAGGGGACUGAUCCCACCCAACGCAAACUUGGUGUUCGAGGUUGAGCUAUUGGAGGUCGGCAAUCCCAAGGAUGCCAUGGAUCAUGCACUGUCCUGUGCAUGCUACGCAGGUGUCGCGAUCCUUGUGCUGAAAGUCUGUGGUUGCGUUUGA